AUGCCUCCUCGCCAGUCAUCUCGGCUUAAGAAAGCCAUUGCGGAUACUGCCGCCAAUGUCAGUGCCCCUACUAACAAGACAUCAAAAGCCAAGGCUACAAAAUCCAAAGCCACCGAAGAAGACAUCAAGGACGAGGAGCCUACUGUUAUCGAGGAACCCAAGUCCUCCAAGAAGCGAAAGGCAGAUAAGAUCGAAGACGAGGAAGAGGAAGAGGACCAAGCUGAGGACGAGCCUGUCGCCGAGAAACCUAAAGCCGGGAAGAAGCGCAAGACUGCUGCCAAGGCAAAGACUGAAGAUCUAAUGGCCCUCGCCAAGCGCACUAUAAUCAAUACCCUUAAGAAGUCUAUGUACAUCGGCGCACACGUCAGUAGUGCAGGAGGUGUGCACAACUCCAUCAACAACGCCGUCCACAUCGGCGCCAACGCCUUCGCUCUAUUCCUCAAGUCCCAGCGCAAAUGGACCAACCCUCCCAUAGCGCCCGAAGCUCUCGAUGGGUUCCAAUCCUUGUCAAAACAGCACAAGUUUGAAGUCCACAAGCAUUGUCUUCCGCACGGCUCCUAUCUCGUGAAUCUUGCCCAGGCGGAGAAGGAAAAGGCCGAUCAGGCGUAUAGUUCGUUUCUGGAUGAUUUGAAACGCUGCGAGUCGCUCGGCAUCAAGCUGUAUAACCUCCAUCCGGGAAAUACCAAUGGCGAUUCUAGAUCUGCGGCUAUCGGUAGGAUAGCGACGCAGCUUAACAAGGCGCAUAAGGCGACGAGCACCGUUAUAACUGUGUUGGAGAAUAUGGCCGGGCAGGGCAACGUCAUUGGUUGCAAGUUCGAAGACCUGCGAGAUAUUAUCGAACUCGUAGAGGAUAAGAGUCGCGUUGGAGUUUGUAUAGAUACGUGCCACGCCUUCGCCGCAGGUUACGACCUCCGCGCCCCAGAAGCCUUCGAAGACACCAUGUCCAAAUUCAACAGCAUCGUCGGCGCCGAAUACCUCAAAGCCUUCCACAUCAACGACUCCAAAGCACCCUUCGACUCCCACCGCGACCUACACGCCAACAUCGGCACCGGCUUCCUCGGCCUGCGCGCCUUCCACAACGUCAUGAACCACGCCGCCUUCCAAGGCAUGCCCAUGGUCCUCGAGACCCCUAUCGACCGCAAGGGCCCCGACGGCAAGUCCGUCGAGGACAAGCAGAUCUGGGCCGACGAGAUCAAGCUCCUCGAAAGCCUCAUCGGCAUGGACCCCGAGAGCGACGAGUUCAAGGCACUUGAUACCCGACUCCAGGCCGAGGGCGCCGGCGAGCGUAGCAAGAUCCAGGAUCAGGUUGAUCGCAAGAGCGUCAAGGAUGCGAAGAAGGCCGCUCCGAAGAAGCGAGGCAAGAAGAAAGCUGUGGCUUCGGAUGAGGAUUCUGAAUAA